GACAGUGAUGAGGAGAGGCAGAGGAAGAAGAAAAGGAAGAAAAAAGAGAAUUAUACACUUGAUGAAGAUGACUAUGAACUCUUGAAGGACAACAAUAUUACCAUUCCCCAUUGGAAGAGCAAAAAGUUUAAGCGGCUGAAAAAAGCUCAGGGGGUUUCCGAGGAGCCCUCUGGAUUAUCUGACGAGGAGGAGAUGUUUGGAAGUGGAAAAGGUGGGCGAACUGCCAAGGAGAAGCUUAAGCAAAGUUUAUUUGGUGAUGAUGAAGGUGCUCCACUUGAGGACAUUGCUGAAGAGGAGGAACAAGCAGAAGAUGAAGAGGAUGGAUACAUUGGUGAGGAGGAUGAAAUGGAUGACUUUAUUGUGGAUGAAGAAAAUGAGCAUGGAGCUCCUCCCAAAGGAGGGAGGCGGCCAAAGAAAGGAGGGAAUAGGAGGGCACCAGGAGUUUCCUUAUCUGUUAUGCAGGAAGCUCAUGAAAUAUUUGGUGAUGUUGAUGAACUCUUGCAGCUCCGUAAGCAAGGUUUAGAUUCGAGUGAAUGGAGGGAAAGGAAACUGGAAGAUGAAUUUGAACCAAUUGUUUUAUCUGAGAAGUAUAUGACAGAGGAGGACGAGCAGAUUCGGGAGCUUGACGUCCCUGAAAGAAUGCAGAUAUAUGAGGAGAUAACUGGUUCUCCUCCAUUGGAUGAUUGUAUAGUUGAAGAGAGCAACUGGAUACAUGGUCAACUCCAAAGUGGCACGGUACCUUUGUUUGGCAAUAGAGGCAUGGGAACUGCUAAGGAAGGGGGGGAUCUUUCUAUUGAGAAAGUUGAUAUCAUGAGAUUUUUGGACCUACUUCACGUGCAAAAAUUAGAUAUACCCUUUAUUGCUAUGUAUCGAAAGGGGGAGUGCCUAAGUCUGCUGAAAGAUCCUGAACAACCUGAAGAUGAUGAUGAAAAUCAGGACAAGAAUAAGAAGACACCUACUCUAAAGUGGCACAAGGUACUUUGGGCGAUUCAAGACUUGGACAGAAAGUGGCUGCUGCUUCAGAAGCGAAAGAGUGCUCUUCAGUCAUACUACAAUAAGCGAUUCAAGGAAGAAUCUGAACUUGUAUAUGAUGUAACAAGACUCAAUUUAAAUCAGCAACUCUUUGAAUCAAUUAUGAAGUCACUCAAGGCAGCAGGAUCAGAAAGGGAAGUAGAUGAUGUUGACUCCAAGUUUAACUUGCAUUUCCCUCCGGGUAAAGUGGGAUUGGGUGAAGGACAAUACAAGAGGCCCAAGAGGAAAUCACUAUAUAGUAUUUGCAGUAAAGCUGGUCUAUGGGUGGUUGCGAGCAAGUUUGGUUACAGCUCUGAGCAAUUUGGAUUGCAGCUAUCAUUAGAUACGAUGAGAAAUGAUGAGUUGGAGGAUCCUAAGGAAACACCUGAGGAGACGGCUUCUAACUUUACAUGUUCAAUGUUUGAGACACCUCAAGCUGUGCUGAAAGGAGCUAGGCACAUGGCAGCUGUGGAGAUUAGUUGUGAGCCAUGUGUUAGGAAACAUGUCCGUAGCAACUUUAUGGAUCAUGCAGUGGUAUCAACAUGUCCAACACCUGGUGGGAACGCGGUCAUAGAUUCUUCCCAUCAGUUUUCAGGGGUGAAGUGGUUGCGUGAGAAGCCACUAAGUGCAUUUGAUGAUGCUCAAUGGCUCCUCAUUCAGAAGGCUGAAGAGGAGAAGCUUCUUCAAGUUACUAUUAAGAUGCCAGAAAGAGAUUUGGAGAAGUUGAUAAAUGAAUUCAACGAGUAUUAUCUUAGUGACAGUGUUAGUAAAUCUGCUCAACUAUGGAAUGAGCAGAGGAAAUUGAUACUGCAGGAUGCACUUUUUGGUUUUCUUACACCCUCCAUGAUGAAAGAAGCAAGAUCUUUGUUGACUAGUAGAGCAAAAAACUUGUUACUUAUGGAGUAUGGGAAGGUUUUGUGGAAUAAAGUUUCAGUGGGCCCAUAUCAAAGGAAGGACACUGAUAUUAACUCAGAUGAAGAAGCUGCACCAAGGGUCAUGGCUUGCUGUUGGGGGCCUGGAAAGCCAGCAACCACUUUUGUGAUGUUAGAUUCAUCAGGGGAGGUGCUGGAUGUGCUUUACACUGGGUCCCUCACAUUGCGGUCCCAAAAUGUGGAUGACCAGCAUCGUAAGAAAAAUGAUCAGGAACGUGUAUUGAAGUUCAUGACAGAUCACCAACCACAUGUUAUUGUUUUAGGAGCUGUGAAUAUAUCUUGUACCCGACUGAAGGAGGAUAUAUAUGAGAUUAUUUUCAAGAUGGUGGAGGAAAAUCCCAGAGAUGUUGGGCAUGAGAUGGAUGGGUUAAGCAUUGUUUAUGGGGAUGAGUCUCUACCUCGCCUCUAUGAGAACUCUCGGAUUUCAUCUGACCAGCUACCUGGGCAAUCAGGCAUUGUUAAACGGGCUGUCGCUCUCGGGCGAUAUUUGCAAAAUCCUUUGGCAAUGAUUGCAACGCUAUGUGGAUCGGGAAGGGAAAUCUUAUCAUGGAAACUUAGUUCGCUAGAGAACUUUUUAAACCCAGAUGAGAAAUAUGGAAUGAUUGAACAGGUUUUGGUAGACGUAACAAACCAAGUGGGUGUUGACAUUAAUUUGGCUAUCAGUCAUGAAUGGUUGUUUGCUCCUCUACAGUUCAUUUCUGGGCUUGGACCUAGGAAGGCAGCAUCUCUGCAGAGAUCCUUGGUAAGAGCUGGGGCAAUAUUUACUCGAAAGGACUUUGUCACGGUGCAUGGACUUGGCAAAAAGGUGUUUGUCAAUUCGGUUGGUUUCUUGCGUGUCCGGCGGAGUGGAUUGGCUGCUAGCAGCAGCCAGUUCAUUGAUUUGCUAGAUGAUACAAGAAUACAUCCAGAAUCUUAUGGUCUUGCACAAGAGUUGGCCAAAGACGUUUAUGAUGAGGACAUAGGAGCUGACACAAAUGAUGAUGAUGAUGAUGAUGAUGCACUGGAGAUGGCAAUAGAGCAUGUUAGAAAUCGACCUAGGAUUUUGAAAGGCCUUGAUGUUGAUUUAUAUGCUAGUGGCAAGAACCGUGAGAAUAAGAUAGAAACUUUUUAUGACAUAAAAAGGGAACUGAUGCAGGGUUUUCAGGAUUGGCGUAAGCAAUAUGAAGAGCCUAGUCAAGAUGAUGAAUUCUAUAUGAUUUCUGGUGAAACUGAGGAGACCCUUGCUGAGGGAAGAAUUGUGCAAGCCACUGUCCGUAGGGUGCAAGGUCAGAAAGCAAUUUGUGUGCUUGAAUCUGGUUUGACUGGGAUACUCAUGAAGGAAGACUAUUCAGAUGACUGGAGGGAGGCUGAGUUGUCGGACAAGCUACAUGAAGGUGACAUUCUCACUUGCAAGAUUAAAUCAAUUCAAAAGAACAGGUAUCAGGUCUUCCUAGUUUGUAGAGAGAGUGAGAUGCGAAGUAACCAACAUCAGUAUGUUAGACACCUUGAUCCAUACUACCAUGAAGAACAAAGCAGGCUGAGUAGGCAAGACAAAUCUCGCAAAGAAAAGGAGCUUGCAAAAAAGCAUUUUAAGCCAAGGAUGAUUGUUCAUCCCCAUUUCCAGAAUAUUACCUUAGAUGAAGCGAAGGAGUUCUUGUCUGACAAGGAACCUGGCCAAAGUAUCAUCAGCCCCAGUUGUCAUGGACCUUCCCAUCUAAUUCUAACUCUCAAAGUUUAUGAUGGAGUUUAUGCUCAUAAGGACAUAGUUGAAGGUGGAAAGGAGCACAAAGACAUCACAAGCUUACUUCGUAUUGGGAAGUCAUUGAAAAUUGGGGAAGACACUUUUGAGGAUUUGGAUGAGGUGGGGGAUCGAUAUGUUGAUCCCUUGGUGUCUCACUUAAAAGGGAUGCUAAGUUAUCGGAAGUUCAGGAAGGGCACAAGAGCAGAAGUUGAGGAACUCCUAAGGAUUGAGAAAUCAGAGAAUCCUAUGAGGAUAGUUUACUGUUUGAGUAUCUCACAUGAGCAUCCAGGCACAUUUAUCCUAACUUACAUAAAGAGUACAAAUGCACACCAUCAAUGUAUUGGUCUAUAUCCUAAGGGAUUUAAGUUCCGGAAUAGGAUGUUUGAGGACAUUGAUCAGCUUGUAGCAUACUUUCAAAGACAUAUUGAUGAUCCUCGGUCAACACAAUUUCUCAGAUCAAUCCCCGCUAGGGUGCCAAUGUGAAGCCCUACAAGUGUUGUUAAUAGAGUGCGCCUAAACACUUAAAGCUCAAAGCUCCAAGGUCUGAGCACUUCACUUGGUCAAAGCAAAGCUCAUUUAAUGGAGCGUGCCUUAAGUACCCUUUUCUAGCACUUUUUGAAGAAGCAAAAAGAACGUUUGGGUGUGCUUAUUUAUUUAUUUUUGGAACAAAAUAUAUAUGACUUAACUCCUUGAUUUAGAAGAAAAUAACAUGGACAUUGACUAAUUAAACUAACACUAUUCUUAAGGUGUUGUAUUACACAAACAAUUUUUUUUUUCUUUUUUUUCUUUUUUACAUUUGAAAAGAAAUCAAGAAGGAUUAUUUAA